AUGAGCCGAGCUACCGCGUCGAUAUUUUGGCCUGGAAUCACCACGGACAUCCAGGAGGCUCGUAAACAGUGUCGCACAUGUGACUCCAUGUCACCCAGCCAACCGCAACUACCAGCCGCUGAGCCAUUUGUUGCGGUGCUACCCUUCCAGGCAGUUGCAACAGAUUAUUUCAAUGAGCGGGGAAAAAAUUAUCUCCUGACUGUUGACAGGUUUACCAAUUGGCCCGACUUGAGACAGGCAAGCGCAGCCACCGCAGAGGCCGGAGCCGCUGGUCUGAUAAAAGCGUUGCGGCAAUUGUUCGCCCAAUUUGGUGUACCAGAGCACUUGUCCAGUGACGGCGGACCGGAAUACACAUCGCAAAUCAUAAAGGAUUUCAUGUCGCGGUGGGGUAUCACCCAUCGACUAUCUUCAGCUUACCAUCCCCAGUCCAACGGCCGUGCAGAGGUUGCGUUAAAGGCCAUGAAACGUCUUCUUGUGGACAAUGUGGACGAAAACGGAAACAUAAAUACAGAUGCCGUUAUGCGUGGCAUGCUUCAGCUCCGAAACACACCAGAACGUGACAGCGGCCUGUCCCCUGCCCAGGUGCUUCUCGGUCGCUCUCUUCGUGACUCUCUUCCUGCACCACCUCCUUUUGCAAACAGAGUGUCCGUUUUUGAUGAAACCAGCCCGGUCGAUCAUCAUUGGAACGACACAUGGCGAGCGAAGGAAAAUGUUCUUCGUGCUAGGCUGGCAAAGCAGGUUGAUAGACUAGACAGGAAUACACGCAAGCUUGCUCCUCUGUUUAUAGGAGACUGA